UGCGCUGUAUUCAAGGAUAGUGGAUAAUAUUCCAAACAAACUAUGCAAAAUUAAUGUUCCACCUGCCCUGUUUGAGCUCAUAAAUUACUCGGACCUAAAAUUGAUGAAUGAGGAAAGCUAUUUGCUGUAAUUGCAGACACGAUAGCGUUUAGCUUCCAACGAAAAUUUUAUCAUUUGGAAUGGAGGCAUCCCUCGAGUAUAGUCAUAAAGCAAGCAGGACAGGUUACUCCAAAAAAUGAUUCUGUUAAAUAUUUGUUGGAUAUAGGCAUUUUUUUCAGUGUUUCCUCUUCAAGAUAUGAACUUCAGCCUAAAUUUUGCAAAAGGCUGGGGCCACAGCACUUACAUCUUGCGAGCUCUUGGUUUCUGGCAAUUUGAUUACAACCGGUCCAAGAUCUGGAAAACAGUGGUUCAAAAUGCGAUGUGUAUUUUUAGCAUUAUGACCAUGACGUGCGUUUCCGCGUUGAACGCUCUAGAGCUAAUUUUGGGAACGAUGCCCGUGUCCACUUUUCUAUUCAAUAUGAUUUUGUUUGUACGCAUCACUAGCGUUUUGUUCGCUGCUCUUGCUUUCAAGUUGAAAUCGCACAAAAUCGAGAAGUUGCUAGCUCUCUUCACGGACGUGAGUGCGCCACGACAAGUUGAACAUUUAGUUCAACGCAUGAUCCAGAGCGUGCACAUACCAUCCAGAAGAAUUUAUCUUUUCUACUUAGUCCUGCUACUCUCCGUCCUGCCUAACGUGCUGAUUUCGCCGUAUGCAGCUCAUUACUUCGCGGCAGAAGACGACAUUCCAAAAUACAAACUCCCCGCAAGACUGUGGCACCCGUUUGACUUUGAUAAAUACCCAUUCAUGUAUGGUAUCGUCUACUUUUUCCAGGUGUCUUUUGGAAUUCCUGCCAUGUUGCUGCUGUUGGGGUUGAAUGUCCUGUACCUGGGCUUCGCCAGCACCGCGUGCCACCUUAUGGACCACCUGUGCGCCACCCUGAAGGAGUUGCAUCGACCCCGAUGGAUCAGGUGUGGCGCCUUUAGGGUCGGAGCGAAGAAAACAAACGAAAAUUAUCAGACAGCAGUGGAGAGAGCGUUGAACUACGCGGUGCAGCAUCAUCAGCGAACCAUAAUGUUCGUUGAUCUGACAAACGAAAUUUUCUCACAACUCAUGCUUGCUGACAUGUCGGCAAUUGCACUGGCCGUUGGGGCGAUGGCUUUGCAGAUAAUCAAUCCUGACGUGUCUUGGGAGCGUUUUUCAUCAGCGCUGCAAAUCCUCAUAUUCGAGCUGGCGUACUUCUGCGUCGUCUGCUACUUGUCGAGUGACCUGAUCUCCAAGAGCGGCAAGCAGCUGCAAUCAAGCUGCUACGGAAGCGCGGCGCUCAACUGGUCCUCCUCGAACCAGCGGACGGCGCGGAUAAUCCGAUUACGAGCUGACGCGUCGGCCCUGCAGCUCAGGGCCGGUCCUUUCCACACGCUCUCGUUAAGUACUUUUCGGGCGGUGAGUUUGACCAAGCUAACCGAGUCGGCUGAGACGAGCCACCCACCCACCCUCCGUUGCCUGAGCCGCCCGUUCUCCUCCGGCCAGCUGCCAGAUCAAUUUGUCCCUCAUAAAUUAGGCGCCCCGGCGCCAAGAACAUCUAUCUCAAGCAAGCCAGGCAAUCUCUCUCUCAAGUCUCUUUUUAAGGUCACCCUAGCUCUCGUUCAAUCCCGAGUAUAAAUUGAUUACUAAUUGCACGCCCGGCAGUCAAGCAACCGCCUCCUGAAAACUAAAUUAUAGAGCCUCACUCAACCCAUAAACAGAAUGUGUUGUUAGGAAAGUACCCCCUUUGGCAAAUUUGCUCCAAUCUAGAGGAGAGACAAACACUUUGCCAACAAGCACUUUGAACAAUAGUGUUAUGUACCAAAACUUUCAAGAAAUUUCACAAAUGACAGUUCCAUUAAAAAAAAGUCGACGUCCAAUAUGUGACGUAUCCAUCUUCAUUAACAAGUGUAGGAUUUUAGCUCUCAUGUUUUCGAAGGCAUGAAAAAUACUUGUAUUGAUUGCUAUACUUUUUAUUACACUCGUAAAUUCUGCACACUCAGUGACUGCGCCGGUGAAAUAUUUUCCUCUGCUUGUUUUUACGGUCCGCACUUUAUGACCAUGGUCUUCUCUAUAGAGUAACUAAAGCAUGGUCGCUCGCAUUAGCUGUUUUAUGAAUAUAUCGCAUGAUAUACUGGCCUGCGAAGCUAGAGAGAGAGAGAGAGCCUCAGAAUAAGUAAUGAAGCCAUCUCCGUUUUCCAGGUUUUUGGCAUUUCCGUGACCUUCUUUUCCUUCCUCUACCAAGUGCAGAAGUGGAAGUCCUGAGUUGAUCCGAGGGGGUAUUUUAUACGAUGCCGUCGCGUGCCCGUUCCAAUUACACCUGCUCAGCAGUUCCAAUUUAUUUACGCCGCAUUCCAGUUCAAAAGCGCUUUUUUUCCGUAGUCGGCGUGACGCGGGAAUCAGUAGUCCGAGGAUCGAUGGAAAUAAAUCUCGGCUGUAGUUCCAACAAUAAAAGGCGGGCGGCAAAUAAAACACGCUCUUUCAACAAGUUUCGUUUCGUGCUCUCCAGUUUAGGGGAAAUUGCAGAAAGAACGAAAAGAUGUGUUUUUCAAAGCAAAUUUAGUGCACAACAUAGCGGUUGCUUAUUGUUUAAAUUAUGAUAGAUGUGAUUCUGCUGUUUGCUACAUAAUAGCCUAAUAAACGUACAGAUAGUGCUCUCCAGUGAAAAUUUAUGCCUUUUGUUUUGC